AUGCCGCAGACAUACCCGUUCCAGCAGGUCGACGUCUUCACCUCGACGCCGUACCUGGGCAACCCGGUGGCGGUGGUCAACUGCCUCACGUCGUCGGACUCUGCGUCUGCACCCGCGCCGCCGACGACGGAAGAGAUGCAGCGAUUCGCAGUGUGGACCAACCUGUCCGAGACGACGUUCCUGCUGCCUCCGACCGACGCAUCGGCGCACUACCAGCUGCGUAUCUUUACGACGACCCAGGAGCUGCCGUUUGCCGGGCACCCGACGGUGGGCAGCUGCCGGGUCUUCCUCGACCAGAUCGGCCAGCAGGCCGCCUCUGCGCUGCUGGACAAGACGGGCGGCAAGGUGGUGCAGCAGUGCCAGAUUGGUCUGGUCGAGCUGCGCAUCGCACCGACCGACGGGACGAUCAGCUUUGUCGCGCCGCCCCUCACUCGGUUCGAGCCCGUCGACGCUGACACGGUGGCUCGGGCCUGCCAUACGUUUGGCCUCGACCCGAGCACCGACGUGCUCGAGGCAAAGUGGAUCGUCAAUGGUCCCCAGUGGUUCUGCCUCCGCCUCAAGGACGCCCAGACGGUCAAGAGCGUCACGGUCAGGGACAAGGAGAAGUGUGGCGAUCUCGACGUCGGCCUCGUUGGACCGUACCCAGGCGGACGCAACGAGCAUGGUGAAGAGGUGGCGUACGAAGUGAGGGGAUUCGCGUUCGCCGAAGGCGUCCCUGAGGAUCCCGUGACCGGAUCGCUGAACGCCGGCAUCGCGAUGUGGUUGCACGCCACGGGUCAGGCGCCGUCGAAGUCCUAUGUCAACUCGCAAGGUACCGCUAUUGGUCGAAGGGGUCGCAUCUCGAUUGUCACUGAGGAGGCGCAGGGUGGCGGUGAUAGUGGUGCUGGAACGGCAAAGAUCUGGGUUGGAGGACAAGUGGCCAACUGCAUCACCGGCACCGUGGUCAUCUAA